CAAAAUAUUCGAGAAACAUAUAGAACUGAAAUUCGUCAAUUUUAAUACUUCUUAUUCGUCAUUUUGGAAGCCAAAUUUCAAGAAUUAAAAAAGCGUCUGUCUGAAUUGGUCCGAAUUUGUUUAUGUAAGCGAAAGCACGUGCCGUUCAAACGUUUAACUUAUGACUGACAUGAAAUGCAAUGCAACCCUUCAAAAGUUGGCGUAAAAAUCUCUAACUGAUCUGUGUUAUCUUGUUGAUGUAAAUCAGGAUGGAACUUGACGGCAGUACAUUUUUUAUCAUAAACAAGAAGUAUUAUCAUGCUAAACUGGCAAUGUGGGGAAAUAAAAGUAGACAAAUGAUCACAUACGAACAGAAAGUAUUUCCAGAUCAGUUGUGGCAACUGAAAGAAGACAAACAUUAUCCUGGAUUUUAUAACAUCUUUAAUUUGAAAUAUGAAGGAUACAGAGUCGCAAAGUGGGGAUCUGGAGACAGAGAUGUUGGGUCGUUCAAUGGUCAAUAUUUAAACGAUCAGCUGUGGAAAUUCUAUCAUGUCGCUGAUGAUUUCUACCGAAUAAUUAACUUCACGUAUGAAAAAGCAAAACUGGCAAAAUGGGGGAAAGGAGACAAUGAUUGGGGUACUUAUGAUGGAGAAAUUAACGAGGAUCAGUCAUGGAAACUUGUACCGAGAUUCAAAGCAGAUGUCUGCCAUGUGGUACUCUGGAGUUGUGACAACAGAGAAGGGUCAGUACCAUUCUCUGAAGAAAUUUCUGUAACGACCGGAAUAAAACUUACUUCGACAGAAUCGAUUUCAUUCACUGUUGGUUUGGAAACAUCGUUAAAGUCAUCAGUGUCAGUAACUGGAGUGAGUGAAGACAUUGAGUCAAAGCUUAGCCUUCAGAUAGACAGUUCGUUAUCGCAAACAGAAGAAAAAAAUUGGAGCCGUACGUCUAAGAUAACGUUUACAGCUCCAAUAGGAAAAAAUUAUCGCGUGAAACAACUCUCGUGUGAGUUUGUCAGUCCUCUUUCAUCCGAUAACUGCGUUCUCACCUGUCAUUAUGUCGUCGAAGAAAGUAACCAUGACUUUAAUGAGGAUUGACCUGACAUGUUUACAAAUACUUACAAUAGCAAUUAAAAGUUUAAUAAUUAAUCAUUGAUGAUACAUAAAAGUUUAACUUUAACCGUUGAGUUUGAACAAUUAGGAUUUCCAAUGAAAAAUUAUGUUAAACGUUCUCAAAUCUUACAACGAAGCUUGUACAUUUAA